UGGAGGGAGCACACUCACGGCACUAGGCUGGCAGCAGGAAAUCCUCAAGCUCCGGUCACUGUCACCGCAAGUCGCUGGGAGCUACGGUGGGCCUGGAAAGAUGCUGGGGGUUAUGAGGAAGGCCGCGAGUCCUGGCCCUGAGCCUAGUCCUGCGGGUGGGGCUCCGGGGCCUGAGGAGCCCUGACCAGGGACAUGCAGCCUCUGCCAGGCUGGCGGCUUCCCUGGUGGAGCCAGGAGCUGACAGCCAAUGCCCUGAAACUGGCCCUGUGUCUCCUCCUCCUGGGAUCCCCGCCGUGUGCCCUUGCCCAGUUCCUGUGCAGAGAGGAGGAGUACCCUGUGGGCACCGAAUGCUGUCCCAAGUGCAGCCCAGGUUACCAUGUGAAGCAAGCCUGCAGUGAGCUGACAGGCACAGUGUGCAUACCCUGCCCCCCGGAGACCUACACCGCCCACCCCAACGGCCUGAGCCAGUGUCUGCCUUGCCGAGUCUGUGACCCAGCCUUGGGCUUGGACACCAGGCAGAAGUGCUCCAGCAUGCAGGACACGGUGUGCAGCUGUCGCCAGGGCUACUUCUGCGAGGCCGAGGACAGGGACCACUGUAUCAUGUGCUUGCCCCACACCAUCUGCCAACCUGGCCAGAGGGUACAGAGGAGAGGUACAGAUAGCCAGGACACAGUGUGUGCCAACUGCUCACUGGGGACCUUCUCGCCCAACGGGACCCUGGAACAAUGUCUUCCCUGGACCACGUGCAGCGGACCUUUUGCCGUGGAAGCCGAGCGGGGGACCAGCAGCAGGGACGUCUCCUGCUCCCUGUCCCGGUGGUUCUAUGUCUUUGUGUCCGUCCUCCCCGCCAUCUCCGUGGUGAUCGCCAUCUCCGUGGUGAGGAGGAAAAGGCUGUCUGGCUCUGAGCCCAGCGAGAUGGCUGUGCUGCAGCGGCAAGUAGCGGAGGAAGCCGGUGAGUCUGCAGUCACCCAGGCUCCAAAAGUCACCACGGUGGCGGAGGAGGAGACAGCACCGGUGUUGAGGGCAAUGGGCCCCCAUCGAUGAGCCACAGGGCUGGGAACCGGGUGACUCAACCUACCGGAAGCAGACGCCUACCUGGCAGGAGUGCAGCACCUGCCCCAGGCUAGCUCCAGCUGCAGGAGCAGGAAAGACUCAGGGCACUCAGGGAUGUCACGGCGGUCCCCAUCCGUCAAAGGGGGUCCAGAGCCCCCCCCCCAGCAGCCCUGGCGCAGCUUCCUGCAGAGGCCCAGCACCAUGAGGACACAGCGAGGCUGCCUCUGGCUCCAGCCCUCCCAGCCAGCCCUCCCGAACCUCAGGCUGCUCAUUUGGAGGGUGUGUCUAUGGACGCUACCUCACCCACCACUGUGUGCAUCUCGCUGACCACCGGACUCCCCUGCCGCACGUGGUGGCAGCAGCACCUCGUCAUGGCAGCACAGUGCCACUGUCCCAGCCUCCUGCUCUUCCCUCAGAGAGUGGCAGUGUUACCGCUGUUGACCGGUGACGAGUCCUUGCUUCCCUGAUGUUGAAGAAUCACACCAAAAAAGCACGCCGAGGCCAGGCCAGAGUAGAAAUUAGAAGUUUAUUAAAGGACAGCAGAAAAGACUUCUCCCGGAGGAAGA